GAAGCCAGACAGAGUCUACACCUUCAAACAAGACUGCUUAUGUGAGUUCUAUCUUGUUUUUUUGCAACUUGGUUUUGCAAGAAUCGUUCCGAAUAGCCAGCAUAGAACAUCACAGCAUAAGGAGGCACCUAAAGAGAUGAAGUGCUUUAUCUUCACUGAAAGAAACUGACAUGUGUUUGGGAUUUUAAGUGCCGCAUUAUGACUGGUAUGCAUUCACCACAAUAUCUCCAACAAGUACAACAUUUGUUGCUCUUGACAAAGGUCUGGCUCAUCUAAACUGCCGAAUCUACCUUUGGAAAAGAAAGAGUCUGAAAAUUGUGAAACUGUGUUGGGACUCAUUGUAACCAGUCAUGCCUGUGGUUAAAGUGGAGAGCGAUUCUCCCUCCGAUACCACUCUUCCAGUGAAUGACAGUCAGAGAGCAGAACCACAAAAGGGCCGGCGGAGGAAGAGGCCCCUUCAGCGAGGCAAACCGCCGUACAGCUACAUCGCUCUGAUCUCCAUGGCAAUUGCUAACUCGCCCGACCGCAAGCUCACGCUUGGAGGGAUCUACAAGUUCAUCACCGAGAGGUUUCCGUUCUAUCGAGACAACUCCAAGAAAUGGCAGAACUCCAUACGUCAUAACUUGACACUCAAUGACUGUUUUAUUAAGAUCCCACGAGAGCCCGGUAGACCUGGAAAAGGCAACUACUGGGCAUUGGAUCCCAACGCAGAAGACAUGUUCGAAAGUGGCAGCUUCUUACGCCGCCGAAAGCGCUUCAAGCGCAGCGACUUCACUACGUAUUCAUCGUACAUGCACGAGUCUCCCGUCUUCCCCUCGGUUCAGAUCGCACGCUCGGCCUACGCCAACACCGUCUACUCAAACAUGGCGGUGAGCCCGCCUUAUGCCCAACAGCUUCCUUCUGCCUAUUACCAGUCCUCCUCGCCCAGCUUCGACUCGGGCCAGUCGAGGGUCUUCAGAAUCAAUUCUCUUAUCGGAUCUCCCGGCAGGAUGGGUCAAACCGCAGAGAUGAUGGCUCAGCAGUCGUGUCGCAGUUUCAGCCCGGAGAGUGGCUCCUGCAGUUUGGGAGGACCGGGCUUUCAGCAUCAGUCCUGCGGUGGGGAGACCAUGCUGUCGUGCUGCUCCAGCUCCUCGAAUAACAUGGCCUUUGCUUACUCCAGCCCAGGACAUGGACAAACUCAGGUCUCAUAUCCACAAGGCAGCACCCAGACCUACGGGCAAACGGGGAGGGUGGCCAUCUCCAGUUUGUCUCCCCUGGCUGGUGAUGCUGUUGGUGAUCCAUACGGCAGAACGUCUCCGGCACAGCUGGGCACAUUUGUUCAGUACAAUACCUCUGGUCCAGUAGGCAGCUCGGGACCCUACAUUAGACAUCCAGCUUACUCAUGUAAUAUGGACAGGUUCGUGUCUGCCACUUAGUAAUGGGCGAGGAUGAUUUUCCCAUUGCACGGACUGCCGCCUGAAUGACGCAGCGAGGACAUUCGUGGAGUUAUUUAAGAACAUUUUAGCCAAUAGAACAUCAUAACGAACAGAAAAUGUUUACAGAACAUACAUGGAAAAUGUGAUAUUUAAACAGUUUUUUAUAAAUAGACUUAGACGUCAAUAAAGAACCUUCCUACCUUCCUAAAAAUGCACGAAGUGCUGAGGUUCAAACUUUCCUUUUAUCAGGGUCUUUGCUUUUUAAUUACAUUUAAGUGAAAUGUGUUCAUAGGUUUUGUACAUGCUCUUCUAUUGACUGCCAGCUGUGAUAAUAUUGAAAGUGUAAAACGUUUCCACUGAUACAUUUACUUAACUCAUUGAUAUAAAAAUGUUU